UUGGUAAAGUUAGCUGUAAUCUCCAAGGGAGAAAAAGAAAACAAUGAAGGGAGUUUUGAUAUGGGUUUUGAGUUUGUGGACCGUAAUUGGGGUUGGUUUGAGCCGAUCUGAAGCUGGUUUAGAAGAACUCAACGCUAAAGAGGGAUUACUUUCGUUCUUGGAAAAAAAUGUUGUAUCCCCUGGUGCCAACUCUCUUCUGGUUCCCCUCACUCUCAUUCAAGGAGCUGCUUCAAAAGGAGCUGUUUGUUUGGACGGGACUCCUCCUGGUUAUCAUCUGGACCGUGGGUUCGGGUCUGGUUCAAACAGCUGGCUCAUCCAAUCGGAGGGAGGUGGAUGGUGUAAUACCAUUCGAAGUUGUCUCUUCCGCAAAACUACUCGAUGUGGUUCAUCAAAAUUUAUGGAGAAGCAAAUAAAUUUCACUGGAAUUUUGAGCAAUAAAGCUGAAGAAAACCCUGAUUUCUACAACUGGAACAGAGUGAAGCUACGUUACUGUGAUGGGGCAUCUUUUGCUGGGGAAGGACAGAAUGAGGCUAACCAACUUCACUUUAGAGGACAAAGGAUCUGGUCUGCUGCUAUGGAGGAACUAAUGGCGAAGGGAAUGCAGAAUGCUGAGCAGGUUUUGCAUUUAGCAUGCUUUUUCGGCUCUUCUUCUGGGUGCUCAGCUGGCGGUCUAGCCUCCAUUCUUCAUUGUGAUGAAGUUAAGGAUUUAUUUCCCGGAACUACGAAAGUAAAACGUCCAAGUGAUGCGGGCCUGUUCCUUGAUGCAACCAAUGUAGCUGGUGGACAUACCUUAAGGGAUAUGUAUGAGGGUGUGGUUAUCCUACAGGGUGUACAAAAGAAUCUUCCAAAUACUUGUACCAGCCAAAUGGAUCCAACUUCAUGCUUCUUCCCUCAAAACUUGGUUGCAAAUAGGCCUACCCCUAUGUUUCUUCUGAAUGCAGCCUAUGAUGCUUGGCAGGUCCAAGAAAGUUUAAUCCCAUUGUCUGCCGAUCCUAAUUGCUUCUGGCGUGACUGCAAAAUGGAUCAUGCUCAUUGUAUCUCAUCACAAAUGCAGUCUCUGCAAAACUUCAGGACCCUAAUGCUCAAUGCCUUAAAUGGUUUCUUGAAGUCCGAUCAAAAUGGUUUAUUCAUAAAUUCCUGUUUUGCUCACUGCCAGUCCGAGAGACAGGAUACAUGGUACGAGAAUGAUUCUCCUCGUGUUGGAAACAAGGCAAUUGCAGUGUCUGUUGGAGACUGGUUCUUUGAUCGAAUGGCUGUUAAAGCUAUUGACUAUCCGUAUCCCUCUGACAAAACCUGUCACAAUCUUAUCUUCAAGUGAGUGCGAACUUCUCAUUGGCUGCCUGUAGAGUCCUGCAUGGCUUUCACUUUAUUCUUUUCUCAAUUGCCAUUUGUGGAAACUGUAACAUUCAUUCAUUUCAACGAUAGAAUGAUAACUAUGAGAUUUGUAGGCUAUGCAAAUCACAACGAUUACCAAUAUCCUCUCUUUUUUAUUUAUCUUUUCAAAAACUAUACUUUAAACAAUACCAUGCCUCCAAAGACUUUUGAUAUCUUCAUGCUCGGCUUCAGGUAAGUUUCGUUUUACACUAAUUUAU